AACUUUACGGUAAACGUACUGGCUGUAUAGAGUCACAUAAACAGUGCUUGUUGCUGUAUAGAGAAUAUUGACAACCUAGCAUCAUACUGCAAGCUAUGGCGGACAAGACUUAAGGCUCGACCGGCUCGAAGAAAAUGAGAGCAAUACUACACACCAUUGGCAUUGGCGUCAAACCUUGGUCAAGGGUUCGCACGUAAUUCCCGUGAUUCCUGCAACGGCAGACAGUGUUGAGUCAGAUUGACUUCAUUAGCCUGUCAUCGCGUAGCUCUGAACACAAAUGGCUUCGUACAAAGACAUCCUUAAGGAGAAAGAUAACCAGAACUGGCUCAAAGGAUCCAUCGCCCUCAGGAUCACCAAGGCUGGCCUACGAGGCCUUGUUGAUGGGGACUGCCAUCGCGUUCAGCAAAAGAUCCAUUCUUCAGUCCUCCUGGCCAGGAACCUCGCUGUUGGAACAACAUGCAGCCUUUGUCUGACAGAACAUGUCUUGCAGUGUCCAACAAAAGGACUGUGCUCACAUCCGCGAAGCUGCAAGUACCACAACUCUGCAUUUAAGAUACACCGACCUUGCCCCUCAAAGAUAUGCGAUGACUUUCGGGAUGAAAUAUGCGCUGUCCACAGAUAUCGUGGACCGUCCUGGAAGAAUACCAAAGCCAACCAAUGGUGUACAAACCAUUGGCAAGUAGCUAAAUGCUUUAUGCCACCUGACGGCUAUCACGAUGUGACGUCGUACGAUGAGACAGACUUCAAUGGUAUCAUAAGCGUUAUGAUCAACUGUACAGAGUUCCAACAGCGUAUGUCGUUCCCUAUUGGCAACCAACCCAACGCCUUAACUGAGGCUCGUGUGAUAGGCCGCAAUAUUCGCCAUUCCCCGGAUCUCAAGGUGACAGACACAGACCUAGCUGACUACUUCGCCACUCUGAACAGGCUUCUGACAGACUCUACAUUUCUGGUCAGUGACAAGGAUGCCCAGCAAGCUGUCUUUAAACUUAAACAGCUUGAUAAAGGUACCCUUCCAAUAACGACCGAAGAAGUACGUGAACUACUAGAAGAAGCUAGAGCGACUGUAGUAGCUGGCUUAGAAUCUGGCAAACGUCAGUUAAUGGAGACUGCGGAAACACGAAAGAUAGAUAUAGAAGGCGUUGUGUUGCAGGUUAAAACUGCCAUGGAAGCUGGAACACGUCAGUUAGAGGAGACUGCGGAAACAGGAAAGAAAAAUAUAGAAGGUGUUGUGUCACAGGGGAAGAGGCUAUUAGAAGUUGCAACAAAAACAGGAAAUAGCGAGUUGGAAGGCGUUGUGACGCAGGGGAGGCUUCAUUUAGAACAUGCAACGAAUACAGGAAAUAGCGAGCUAGAGGGCGUUGUGUCACAGGGGAAGAGACUAUUAGAAGUUGCAACAAAAACAGGAAAAAGCGAGUUGGAAGGCGUUGUGACGCAGGGGAAGCGUCAAUUAGAAGAUGCAAUGACAACUGCUAGGGUUUUCUAUGAGAGACGGAAACUUGAGAUUGAAGACGCAGAUCUACGUCAACGGCUAGUCAAGUACUACCAGAAGCAGCUCAACAGCGCGCCCAUAUCGCCUUUGCUGUCGAACAAGGAUGAGAGACUGGACAAGUUUUACGUCCCGCGAAAAUUGAGAAGAAAGACCAUAGAAGACUUGAAGACGAUCAACAACAAAACGGUUCUCUUAUUUCCACUUACAAACAGAUUUUCUGUCAAGAUGAGGGAUUGGCCAACACUGUUUUCGUAGUUGGUGAGGCCGGGAUGGGAAAGUCCUCAUUUUCCGCUAUGUGCACCUUAAAGUGGGCUUCACAGUUCUCUGCAUCGAUAAAAAACUCUGGAAAAAAAGGUUUAGAUCAAAAUAGA